AUGCGUUCAUUAGUUACUCUUAUCGCUUUUGCCGCCGCUGCUACUGCAGCCACUUCCCCUCUUGUCGCAAGGGAAGAUGCUGCGGCCUGUGCUAUGCGCACUCUCCUUUCUAGCACCACCUGCAACACUGGUGAUGCUGCCUGUCUCUGCUCUGACGGCGCACGCCAGGCAGUCAUGGAAGAGAUAAAGUCUGCCUGUGGUUCUGAACAGAGUGACUUGACCAACAACAUGGCUACUGAAGCAUGCCGCACACAGAAAGUGCGUCGUGCAACACUACCCUCCGCCACUGUUGUACACAUGGGUCUCGCAACCCCCUCAUCCACAUCAGCAAACCGUAUGAAUGGUGUCCAGGAGGCCGCUGGCCAAGAUGCAUGCAGCUGCCCCAACACCAAAUCCAAAACUCCUAACGCCCCCUCUGCGAACAACGCUGCGGACACUGAAAUGGAUCAAGAGUCCGAAAUGCCCGGCAAACCAUCCCACGGCUCCAACACUCCCUCUGGAAACUCUGCUCAGAGCAGUCAUGCCCAUGCUCCCAGCAUGAUGGCUACGCCCUCCGCUUCCUCCGCUGCCCACCACGGUCUCAUGGCUUCUCCCACUGCAGCAUCCUCUUCUCGCGCCACUAACCCAACUGAUGCUAGUUCAUUCUCUACCUUCAGGGGCGCUGGUAGCCAGGCUAUUCCUAGCUUGACUGUCGUUGCAGGUGGUGUUUUGGCCGGUGUUGUUGGUAUUUUCGCUGCUUUGUGA